AUGUCUGGUUUGACUGAAGCUCAGGUCGCUUCCUUCCAUGAGAAUGGCUAUCUCGUUAUUCCUGAAUGUUUGAGUCAAGAUGACAUUGACGCUGUCUUGAAAGAGACCAAUCAGUUACUGAAUGAUUUCUCUCUCGAGUCUCAUCCUCUCACCCAAUUCACCACCGGCGAUGACGAGCAAUCCGACCACGUGGGAGAUGAAUACUUUCUAGAAUCCGGUGACAAAAUCCGCUUCUUUUUCGAGCCUGAAGCUUUCACUUCCGAGCCCGAUCCUUUAACGGGCCGCCCUGCGCUUUUGAAACCGAAGCAUCUCGCCAUCAACAAGGUCGGCCAUUCUUUGCACUCAUUGUCGCCUCCAUUCAAGGCGAUCUCGCUCAAUGAGAAGAAUGCCGCCAUUGCGAAGUCUCUUGGCUUUAUUGACCCCCGCGUGCUUCAGAGCAUGGUCAUCUGCAAGCAGCCCUCAAUAGGUGGAGCUGUUCCAUCGCAUCGCGACUCCGAAUUCCUGUACACCAACCCGCCAUCUGCUGUCGGAUGGUGGUAUGCUUUGCAGGAUUCCGGGCCGGGUAAUGCCACCCUGGGCAUGUGGAAAGGCUCCCACAAGGGCUGCAAGGGAGGCCACAUCGCGCGUCGAUUUGUGAGAAAGGCCGACAACAAGGGGACCGAAUUCAUCGCAAAUGAUGGUCCCUCAUUGCCCAAAGGCAUGGAAGAGGAAAAAGUUGAUGAACCCACUGAUGAUGACCUGGAGAUUCUCACCGUCAAAGCUGGAUCUCUGGUCCUCAUUCACGGCAACGUGCUUCACAAGAGUGAGAAGAACACCAGCCCGCGCAGUCGGUAUGCGUACACCUUCCACGUCAUCGAAGGUGCGGAGGGCUGGGAUUACGACAAGAGAAACUGGCUGCAGCCCCCCGCGGGCGGAUUCUCCAAGUUGAAUCAAGCUUGA